AAAAAAAACCCAUUCAAAACGAAGGUUUAUACUUAUAGCAAUCGUCAAACGCAUCUAAUAAAACCCUAGAUUCUCUUCGUCCAGCGAGAUACCAAUCGAAAACACCUCCAUGGACGCACGUCGCGGACCUCUCGCGGUCCCUAAAGUCCGCCGCGUCGGUUUCUUCACAUCAACGGACCCCUCACAAGAGUCUCCUCGACCGAAUCGAACCCAAUCCGGUCCAGCAGAUGCAAUAACCUCCUCCUCCUCUCCCCUCUCCGAUUCACCCUCCGCUCACUUCAUUUCCCCCGUUCAGAUUCCCCCUUCGCGCCACCAUUCCGAUAACUUAGCCUCUCGCGCCGCUCCCGUCCCCGUCCCUGCACCUUCCGCCUUCCGUCGACAGGUGGCGAAUGAACGAACUCUCCACGUCGGGAGUUAUAACCCUGUGGAUUCGUUGCUUGGGAAUUCGCCGCCGUCGAGUAACGGAGAGGUGUCUGAGGAUUCGGGGUCUUUGUUUGGGUUCCAGCGGAGUGAUUCCGCCAAGUUGUCUGCCAGUUUUCCUAAUGGAGGGUUUGAUAUGACUAUGAGAGUUAGAGCUCCUCAGGAAUCGGAAUCUAAAGCUGUGAUUGAAUCCGAAGGGAGGAAGAAGAACGUUGAAGCUUCUGGAGAGAGUAAAUCUGUGGCCACUAAAUCUCACAAGGAAAAGGAACCAAAAGAGAAGCCCAGUAAAGCAGAAAGGCGUGCCAGCCAAGAGAGAGACCGGGCCAGAAAAGCUGCUGCUAAAGGGGAAGGAAGCAAACGUGCAGGUGAGUCUAGUAGAGCCAACCCUAGCAAGGUUGCCAAACAGCCUCAACUAAAGAAAGAGCUACCUCAGGGCACAUCCUCUGUUUCUGAAAAGAGAUUUGUAGCAGUAGAAAAAGAGAGGAGGAUGGAUGUCCCUCAGACACAAAUGCAGUAUGAUGAUAAAAGCCGAGUCGAAAAAGCUAAGAGGCGCUCAGUGGUUGAACAGACGGAGAGCAAGAACAAAGUUGAGUUAUUUCUCCAUCUUCCUCAAUACGAGCGCCGCAAUCAGCUUCCCACUCUAAGCUCCAAUAUAUUCACACUCGAUACCAUACACCAUGCGGUCUAUAAGGUGGGUUUGCAACAUUUGGCUGGAGAUAUAUCCGGGGACAAUGCACGAUGCAUUGCCAUGCUCCAAGCAUUUCAAGAAGCUAUAAACGAUUACGCUACACCUCCCAUGAAAGACCUGACCCUGGACUUGACAGCCAAAAUAAAUGGUUACGUUUCAUUCUUGAUAGAAUGUCGUCCUCUCUCCAUGAGCAUGGGAAACGCAAUCAGGUUCUUGAAGAACCAAAUCAGAAAGCUACCUGCAGACCUGUCAGAGUCAGAGGCAAAAGCUUCUCUCUGCUCUGAAAUUGGCCGCUUCAUAGAUGAGAAGAUCGUUCUUGCAGACAAGGUGAUUGUACAACACGCCGUAACAAAGAUCAGAGACGGAGAGGUUCUUCUCACAUACGGAUUCUCUUGUGUUGUUGAGAUGAUUCUCUUAUACGCGCAUGAGAUUGGGAAAAAUUUCCGUGUAGUGAUUGUAGACUCACGCCCUAACCUUGAAGGUCAAAAGCUACUCCGUAGGCUUGUGACUCGUGGACUAGACUGUACCUACACUCAUAUAAACGCUGUUUCCUACAUCAUGGGUGAGGUUACACGUGUCUUUCUUGGGGCUUCGUCGAUCUUCUCUAAUGGAACUUUGUACUCAAAAGUUGGUACGGCAUGUGUUGCAAUGGUUGCAAACGCGUUUAGUGUUCCUGUCAUUGUGUGUUGUGAAGCUUACAAGUUCCAUGAAAGAGUCCUACUUGAUUCUAUCUGCUCGAACGAACUUGGGGAUCCUGACGCUAUAGCCAAUGUACCAUUAAGAACCAACACAAAGCAUUCAAAGACGAUGGAUAACAACAAAAACCUCCAGUUUCUAAAUCUAAUGUACGAUUCAACUCCUGCAGAGUAUAUAUCUAUGAUCGUUACGGAUUAUGGAAUGAUUCCUCCGACUAGCAUACCUGUGAUUGUUCGUGAAUACAGGAGAGAAGACUUGUUGCUGUAAAAGGUAAUGUUGUUUUGGAAACUUAUAUAGCACACAGAUACAAAUACAAUUCAAGGAGGACAGGAAAGCUAGUCUCAAACAUAAAUAAACAUUAUUACUACCUCUAAUCAUGAGUGUUACUUCUUUUUGCAUUUUGUUUUUAUCACUGGAACUAAUAUUUGGGAAGCUACUCAUUUCUCGACUGAUGUGAUUUUUUUUGUUUUUAUUAGUAUACUUUUGUCAAUUAACGUCAUAUAUAAAACUUUUGGUAUAUCCAUCAUUUGGAUGGGUAUGUUUAAGCAGUUUAAGUUUUGACUGGUUGGUAUUAUUUGACU